GAGAGGUGGGGAAGUGGAAGAGGGAACGGAGACACUGGCAGGCAAGGGCGCGCUGUCACAGAGGGACGCGCUGCAGCUGGGCUUGCAACACAAUGGAUGGGACGAGCAAGCUGUGUGAGCGAUGACAGCAAAAAUGGACAUGAAUUUUGUUGGGAAGACUUUUUGUGCCUUCAUUCUGCUGACCGUCGCAUUGGCCAUGGUAACGAGGGGUUCUCAGGCAAGAAAUUCCACUGGAGCUGAUACUAAAUGCUGUCAAGGAUACAAUUCAAGUAUUGACAAGAAGGAAGAUACCCAGAAUUUGGUACAAUGGACAAGCCUCCCUAACGGUAACACCAAUGUGCAUGGAAUAGCUGGUGACAGUGUGAAUUUGAUCUGUGUGAACACUUCAAGUUUGGUUGAUAUAACAUCAGUAAUAUGGAAGAUAAUACCAAAGACUGGGGAACCCUGCACACUGGCAUACAGAACUGAUAAGAACAAGACAGACAGAAUAAACUGCAGUGAGAGAAUAGAUUGGAAGUCUAGCCCUGAUACUGACACUGCACUUCAGAUACAGAAUGUGAUUCUCUCAGAUGAGGGAAUUUACAUCUGUGAAUUUGUAAGCGCUGAAGGAAAUUUCAAUCAAAACUAUACUCUGAUUGUACUAGUCCCCCCUGAAAUGAACUUGAUAUGUGACAGUAACAGGGAUGCUGUGUGCAAGGCAGCUGCAGGGAAACCAGCUGCACAGAUCUUUUGGGCCCCAAGAGGAGAUUCCAAGAAUGAGACUGAAAAUCAUCCCAACGGGACAGUGACUGUGCUCAGUACAUACAGCUUUAAUAAGACAGGUGUUACCUGCACAGUCUCUCAUCCAGCUUGGAAUAUGAACCAAUCCAAAGAAUGCAAACCAGAACCUUCCCUCCCAUUACACGUAUGGACAAUUUGGCUUUGUGCCAUCGCUGCUGGUAUUCUGGGCAUCCUCUUCAUUCUUACUUCCAUUUUCCUCUGGAAGCUCCACCAUGGCAGACUGGGUUAUAAAUCCGAACGCCCUGAGACUGCUCCCACACACAACGUGCAGGAUAGUAAUGAGCAGCAUGAGUUGGAGCCCUAUGCCAGUUAUGUGCAGAAGGAAAACACGAUCUAUAGCACAAUGUAUGAAGUUGUAGAGUGUGAACACCCCCCACCAAGGCUCCAGUCAGCAACAUGAGAAUCCAGCUGGGCCCGACUCACUAUCUGUGUGAAGAAGGGGAACAGGUUCCAGGGAAGAUUAAUGACACUGGAUUCCUUCCAGAAGAAGAUCUCCAUCACCAAAUACUUUCUUCCUGGGAUUCUGGGAAGCAAGGAUAUGCAUAACCACUGAGUGCCUCCAAAUGUAUCUGCUUGCUGAUCAGUUCCUCUUCUUUCCCUUUUCCCUCCCGCCCCCGUCCCCAACCUGGGAAUUGAGUAGCACUGUGAAGGACAGAAUGACCAGCUGCCAUUGUUUCACCAUGGACAGCUCUUGUGCUCACAGGUCCACACUAGCUGUCCUGACCUUUGCAAUCCAAAAAUCUUAUAUUUGCUUUUAGGCAUUAGUUCUGUGUCACUUUGUUGGGGGGGGGGAGGGAGGGAGGAACACCCACUGACCAACAGCAAGUCUAUCAUAACAGUAAUGGUGCUGGUCAUUAGAAGACAGAUUAGCUGGGAUGGGGCAUCAAGAGAGUAUUUUGUUAUCCACCCAAUCCUGGGAAGACACACUAUGUUUAGAGGAAGUGCAUUGGGUAGGAGGAUGGUUCACAGACAUGCUGAAUAACUUGUCAGGUCCCCCACUGAACACAAAAUGUUUUCUAUAGUCUGUACUUACAAGUCAUCCUCAUGACUCUUCCCAUGGUGGAAUCUCCUCCUCCUAAGAGCAUUAACAUACUGCAGCAGAAAAAUGGUCCAGCUAUUCCAUUAACCUGUUACUAACAGCGAGCAAUGCCAAACGUUUCAGGAAAAGAAGCAACACACCAAUAAAGUGCCUAUAGGAAUUGUGCAAUAAUGGACUGAGCAGGGGGUAAUUUCUUCCUGACCUCAGCAGGUACUCAAUUUGACUUGAAGCAUAAAGCUUGCUGGUCCUUGUAAUAUUUAUUUUAGCUGAUGUUAAAGGCAGAGGGUAGUUUCAAGAAGGUGCUGAAACCUUUCCUGGACUCUUAUUAAGCGGUUUUGUCUAAGCAUAACUGCAGCACAAGGUUAAUUUACUUCAUAUAAAAAUGAGUGUCUCCAUUUCAAAUGUGUUAUUCUGUUAUCUCAUCCAAGUGGGAUGAGGACAGAAGUAAAUAGGACAAAGCAGUUGUCCUCUCUGCCAGUGUUUCUCAGGCUUUUUGGGCUGGUGAGCCCAAAUAUGAAGUCACAAUUUUUGUCACGAUGACCUCCUUACUUCACUGUAAAAAUAAGAAUAAA